AUGGAGGAAGUGCAGAAGGUAGUGCUUAAUGAGAAUUGCUCCCCCGCAAUGCUAAACAAAUUACCAAAGAAGAAGGGUGAUCCGGGGAGCUUAACUUUGCCUUGCCAAUUUGGCAACUUGGCUGCAAUUCAUGCCUUAGCUGAUUCUGGAGCAAGUGUGAACCUUAUGCCAUACUCGUUCUUUAAGAAGCUGGACCUCCCGGAGCCAAGGCCAAUUCGAAUGGCAAUUCAUUUGGCAAACAAGACUGUUACUUUCCCAAGAGGCAUUUGUGAAGAUUUGCUAGUGAAAGUAGACAAAUUUGUCUUCCCGGCUGAUUUCAUCAUUCUCGACAUGGAGGCGGAUCCGCAAGUGCCAAUCAUCCUUGGAAGGCCCUUCCUCAACACCGCUAGCGCUAUCGUAGACAUGAGAGAUUCUAAGCUCACAUUGCGAGUUGGGGACGAUUCAGUGACAUUCGGGGUAGACCAAGCCAUGAAGUACUCAAGGAGUAGUGACGACACGGCUUUCUCAAUCGACAUGCUUGACGAAAUAUUGGAAGAAGACAUACCUAAAGAUUCCAGCAAAGAUUGA